ACAUGACAUAACUUUAGCAUUUGAACAGGGGUGUGUAGGGUUUUUCUUCUUUUUCACCUACAAAAUGCGCAAAACCCGUGUGUAUAACAAGUAUUUAAGAGAAUGAAGCCAUCAAAAGAAGGCUUGCGGCCGGGGUGGGCAGUAGUUGUGAAACACUGUGGGGUGUCAUUCAAUGAAACAUCUGCUUUGGUCGGUGUGUGUGUGUGUGGGGGGGGGCAGUUUUGCUCCUCCUCCCUCUGCACCCUCGCGGUCCCUCCCGCUUCCCUUCAAGCUUCACUUCACGUAAAAUCAUCUGCGAGGACACUUUACACUUGCAGUAUUUGACAACUAGCGAAGGCCACUGUGUGGGAUUCUGCCGUCACCCGUCGUGCACGCGCACCCCUCCAGCAGCUGUCAUCGAGCCCGGGCGGGAGCGCGCGCGUUGCAUCGAUCGCGAGCUCAAGAUGAGACGCUGAGCAAAACGGCAAGAAAACAGGCUUUUUAUGGUGAUUUCACCCCCUAUCCGCCUCCUCCUCACCAUAACGACACCGACAAGCAGCCUCGUCGUGGAUUAAUUCCGAGGACGUCGUCCCGAAACCAUGAGCUGGGGCUCAGAGCUAUGGGAUCAGUUUGACAACUUGGAGAAGCAUACGCAGUGGGGGAUCGACUUUCUGGAGAGGUACGCCAAAUUUGUCAAGGAGAGGUCCGAGAUCGAAAUCAACUAUGCCAAACAAAUUAGGACUUUGUCAAAGAAGUACCAACCCAAGAAGAACUCGCGGGAAGAGGAGGAGAGCAAGUACACCUUCUGCCGGGCCUUCGUGACCACGCUCAACGAACUCAACGAUUACGCCGGGCAACACGAGGUGAUCGCCGAGAACCUGACGUCGCAGAUCAUCGGCGAGCUUUCGCGCUACCUGCAGGAUCUCAAGACGGAGAGGAAGACGCACUUCCACGAUGGCCGCAAAGCGCAGCAGCACAUGGAGGGCUCGUGGAAACAGCUGGAGUCGUGUAAAAGGAAAUUUGAACGGGAUUGCAAAGAAGCCGACAAAGCCAAGCAGUACUUUGACAAGAUGGACGCCGACAUCAACGUGACAAAGGCCGACGUGGAAAAGCCAAGUUCCCUCAAGGCGCGGCAGCAGGCGGCGGCCAGGCAGCAGAUGGCGGCCGACAGCAAGAGCGACUACUCGUCCUACCUGCAAAAGUUCAACCAGGAGCAGAAUGAGCACUAUUACACCGUCAUCCCCAACAUCUUCCAGAAAGUCCAAGACAUGGAGGAGAAGCGCAUCGAAAGGAUGGGAGCGUGCAUGAAGGCCUUUGCCGACGUGGAGCGCCAGGUGAUCCCCAUCGUGGGAAAGUGCCUGGACGGCAUGACCAAGGCGGCCGAGGCCAUCCAGCCCAAGACGGACUCCAAGCAGGUGGUGGAGUCCUACAAGUCGGGCUUCGAGCCGCCGGGAGACGUGGAGUUCGAGGACUACGGGCAGGCCAUGAAGAGGGCGGUGUCGGAAUGCAGCUUGAGCAACUCGCGGGGGGAGGCCCGCGACAGGCCCGCCGGCAGAGGCAAAGCCAAACUCUGGCCCUUCCUCAAGAGCAAAAACAAGUUUAUGUCCCUGUUAACGCCUCCCCGCCAGCCCCCGCCCGCCCCCCCGGCCUCCUCCCCGCCCUCCCCCUCUGCCGUUGCCAACGACUCCCGAUCUCCCAAGCAGCCCAAGGAGCCCCUCUCGCAGCGCCUCAACGACUUGAUGGCCUCCAAGCCCAAAAUGCACUGCCUGCGCAGCCUGAGGCGAGGGCUUUCGCUCAAGCUGCUCACACUCCAUUCCCACGUCCGGAAUCUCAUUGAGGGUUCCGGCCCCGAGGACUACAGCCACCUGCCGCCGGAGCAGCGGAAGAAGAAGCUGCAGGGCAAGCUGGACGAGCUCAACAAAGACAUUCAAAAGGAGACCGAGCAGAGGGACGCGCUGACCAAGAUGAAAGACGUUUACGUGAAGAAUCCGCAAAUGGGCGACGCCGCCAGCGUGGACCCCCGGCUGGACGAGCUGGGCCGCAACAUCCAGCGGCUGCAGUCGGAAGUGCGCAAAUUUGAGGGCUGGCUGGCCGAGGCGGAGGAGCGGCUGCCGUCCAAGGGCGACACGCACCGGAGAAGCGCCCUCUACGAGAGCGCCGGCGGCAACGGCAACUGCGCCCAGGACCGAGAGAGCCCGGACGGCAGCUACACGGAGGAGCACAACUCUGAGAUUCACGUCAAGGCCGACGUGGCCGACGCCAAGCCCCCCGCGGCCGGCGCGCCCGACUUUGACGACGAGUUUGACGACGACGAGUCGCUGCCCACCAUCGGCAACUGCAAGGCCCUCUACCCUUUUGACGGCCACAACGAGGGCACCAUCUCGGUGGCCGAGGGCGAGCCGCUGCACGUCAUCGAGGAGGACAAAGGCGACGGCUGGACGCGGGUGCGCCGCAACCACGACGAGGAGGGCUACGUGCCCACGUCCUACCUGGAGCUCUUCUUGGGGACCGACGCCAAAGGUGCCGUCACCUACAUUUGACACCCCACUCCCACCCCCCCACCUCCCAGGCCGCCACCGGCGAGCCCAAAUUAAUGUCAGCGUAUCGUCCGCAUGCCAAGCCAAAGCUGCCGUAGAAGUGUGCCCCGUCGCCCAAGAAGAGCGUCAGGGCCUCGACAUUUCUUUUUUUGGGGGGGCGCACCGCACCCGAGCCCAAAAAUGUCCAAACAAAGAAUGGAUGGAGGUCAAAGAAAGCUCAAUGUCUGCCCCGUGGACAUCCACAAAGAUUGCUCGCCAAUGAAGCGUCCGCGUCGGGCUCGGAAGCAAAUGCUCGCCCUCGUUGACGUAGGGACAAAAAAAGAAAUGAAAAUGCCAAGCGCGCGCCGGUCUGCCGUCCGACUGCAGUUGUGGUUUUUCUUUGCCGCUGCGCCGCCAUCUAACGUGUCUCUUUUCUUCUUUUGUGUUACUUGUUUUGUUUAUCUCCUGUCCUGCGUUGCAGAUUCCUAAAGCAGAUGCUGGCCGAGGAAGCGGCAGGGCAAGCGGCCCGGGGGGAGAAAUCGCCCCGUCCCCCCCCAAAAAAUCCCCCCCCCCCCUAACGGACACUUUUCCAAAGGUCCUUUUCCCUCCACGCUAACUGGCGCUGUUUUGGCCCCUAACAGCUCGGCUGGCUUCAAGUUAAGCUCGGCCGCCCGACUAACCCGCGCCGGCGUAGUCAGAGAGAGGACGCAGAAGCGUCCCGCCCGCACCGCCGGACCAAGUCUCGCCACAUUUCUCAUCGCCAUCCAUCCUUCCUUCCAUCCCGGAGCGCAUCGUAGCGCCAAACGCACGGGGGGGAAUUUUAGCGCUACAUUUUUGUCAUGUUACGUCAAGUGUCCGGAUGCAAGUCGCAAUAUUUUCAUAUGGAUACAAACCUCUUGUUUAUUACAAAUAUUGAAAAAGAAAAUGGCAGCGUUUGGGGUAGUUGACAAAAAGCGCAGUGAAGUCUUGUCGCGCAGGACAAGGUUUCUUUGUCGUCACGCCGCCAUCGAUUGACUUGCUUGUAAAAGGUGCUGACUUUUGACCUUUUCAGCUUGACCUCUUUUGUACGCUUGCAACGUUUCCGUACGAUGAGGCGAUAGAGAACAUUCUAUCAGGUUACACUCACGGUGUGGUUAGGGUACCUCCAGUGACUAAUUGCGGAAAGAAAUGAGGAAAUGGGAGGUGGUUUUCAUUCAAUGGGUGGGGGGGGGCGGUCCCAAACAUGUCAUUUCAUCACCUUGUCACGUGUGUGCUCCUCUCUCUGAGCCAAACGCCGCCCCGCCCGCCCUGUCCCUCCCACUUCCUUAUCUGCACUUAACCCCGCCUUCUGCGCACAUUAGCUCCGCCCCUCGCCGUAGGGCACCCGGGCGGCUGCCUUUGGCACUCGAUCGGGUCUCUUGAGUUGUGGCGUGCCGCAUGCUUGCCCUGUCUGCCUCCUCCAACCGAUCCUAGCUGCCUGUCUCGUGGGGGUGCGUUUGAAUGAUUGCCCCCCUCCCCGCCCAUUGGCUGAUAACAUGUUUUAUUUUGGGGGGGAUUCUAUUUGCUUUGUUUUUUUUAAGUGACGGGUUGCCACCCCUGCUUGACCAACCUCUUCAAAAGUAAUUCGUUGUAUUUGUUUUGUCGAUGCCGUGUCACCCCCCCCCCCCUUCACCUUUUCUGCGGUCGGAUAACGCCGACUGUUGUUGUUCAUGUCUGCGUGUUGACGGUCUGCAAUGGAAGGGCACCGAAACGCCGCUCAGCCGUCUGUUCACCGGGGGCACCGGGGCGGGCGGGCAUUUGGCAAAACCACUAGGCGGCGCGCUGCGCUCACUGUCCUGCCGGUGCGGCCAAGGAGUGUCACGCUGAAAAGAAGAAAAAGAGUCGCCAUCUGUCAACGCGUAGAAAAAAAAACGCAAUGAAAGUUGGAACAAAGCGAAGAGGAUUGUCAGACAUAAAAAGCAACUUUAAUACGUGUUGUUUUCAUUUGAAAGGCCAUUGUAAUACGGGGGGUGGACUGGAAUCGAGUUAAGGCGGAGUUGAAAACGGGCUACGAGAAUGACGCCAAACGUUAUUUUUUUACGCAAAUCAAAGCUUUCAAAAGGCCACUCGUGAUAUACAAAUCUGCACAGUGUGAGUACAAGAUGAGUUUGAAUAGAAAAUGACGUGAUGCAAUUACGUUGUAAUGUUUCUGUGGGGGGGUGAAAUAUAUAUACAAUAGCGACGUUUUUAAAAAAGUUCCCUUUUAUUUAUUUUUUAAAGAAAAUCAGGAAAAAAUGGCCUUGGAUUUGGGGAGGGAAAACGGGCUCGAGUCUUGAUCCGUUGACAUGACUGCGCGAUUGUGGUUUUGGGUUGUUUUCUUUUAUGCCGCCACUCCUUGGUCCAAACGAACCGCUUUUUGCAGAUCGGGCCGCGCGCGCGAGAGCCCAAAUGGCCUCGUCCGUCGGACGCAUACGAAUCGAGAGGCAAAAGGCAAAAGGUGAGGUUCAACUACGGCCAGCGGGGCGCUUCGCGAGCCUCCGAACGCGAAACGCUCGUCCCUGCUUCUCGUGACCUCGCAGCUAAUUUGUUGUUUUCUUCUUUUGAGCACUGAAUACUUUGUAUUGCGUUUAUUGUGCCAAUUAAAUCUGCCUGAAAGUCA